AUGUCCGACACCAACACCCAUGCACUAUGCUACUUCAUGGAGCUUCCGACUGAGUUGCGCCUCAAGAUUUACCGCUACGUUCUUCCUGAGGUCGUUGAACCCAACUAUCAAUCCCAAGUUCGUGCCGCUUCUAUUCUACGAGUUAAUCAUAAGGUCAAUCAAGAGGCUUCUUCUGUGUUGUAUGGAGAGACUCAAUUUCAUGCGUACAUAUCGCAAGAUACCAUCCAGCUACAAAAUAAGUUAUGGUGGCGGCGUACGGAGUCCAGAAGCCUCUCUAUGAUAUUUUCACCGUCAGCCAGAUCCAUCCGCCAUCUUACCGUCCACGUCAAUCUUCGGAGAUGGUCCGAUGCUCAUUCUGAUCUGUAUGGAAGGGGCAUCAGUGGUGAUGAAUACGAAGCCUAUAAGGCGAGGGAUAGCGUGCGGAAAUUUAUCAACUUCUUUACAUCAGGAAAUACUUCGCUGAAGUGGCUGGAAGUUAGGCCCACUCUGGUAAACUACUGCAGAUGGUCUGAGGAAGACAUUAUCGCGGAGGUCUUUGUGGUUAUAGGACCUUUCGAAGCGCUGAGCAACAUCAAAACAGCAACAUUGGUGGCCCUAAAUUACACAAAUUGCGGUAGACUUGGUACCGAGCGUCACUCAGCCAUCGCUAGCCUCCAUACCAAUCAGCUUUACGGUCGACUUCGAGAGGAGUGGCUCUCUUCCAUCACAGAGUCCAAGCCAGCCCCGGGACCCACGGACAACGAGCAGGGAAAGGUUGCGUACGGCGUUAUCGAAGAAGUUCUUCAACUGAUAUAUCGGGCAAUGCCAUAUGCGGUGCGAGGUACUUACAGUUCGAUCCAUCGCCGCUUGGAUGGCCUCGAGCUCCCGUUUCACUCCGCCCGCGUUGCCUACGAAAACGGCGAUGUCGAGACUUUGGUAGCAAUCAGAGAAGCCAUCAGGGGGGAAUGGGUCAAAUUACAACCCCGGCUGUCGUGCGAAGCAUCUGCCAUCUCGCAGUCAAUCUACGACAUGUUCAAGACUAAGGAUAUCGCAGAACUGUCCGAGUCAAAUCCACGCGUUGUGCCAGCAGAGACUAAGACGUCAAGUCCCGUUUCUACGAUGAAUGAGCUAAUGGACUGGGACUGGUCGGAAGUUAAAUGCGGGGUCCCCAAGCACGGUGAACCUGGCGUUACCAUUAAGGAGGAUAGUUGGAGGAUCUACAUCUACAAGGGCGAUAAAAUGUGGACGCGUCUGAAGACACCGCAGGCGGUACGCGAAGCAAAGGAACGAGGCAGAAGCGAUGACAUACUUUGA